AUGGCUGUCACAAUCGAAGAGCUCGACACCACGGUCCGCGCCUUUUACGAAGGUCGCGGGGACCAGCAAAAAGCCGCCCAAGCCGCGUUGAACCAGUUCAAAGAAGAUCCCGAUGCUUGGCUUAUGGUAGACAAGAUCCUUUCGACCGCGCAAUACCCCCAGACAAAAUACUUGGGCUUACAGGUUCUUGACAAUGUUAUUAUGACGAGGUGGAAGGUGUUGCCUCGCGACCAGUGCCAAGGCAUCCGAAAUUUCAUUGUCCAAUUCAUCAUCCAGUGCUCUAGCUCCGAAGAUGCCCUGAAGCAAAACAAAACCCUGCUCAACAAGCUGAAUCUCGUUCUCAUUUCUGUGCUCAAGCAGGAGUGGCCUCACAACUGGCCCACUUUCAUAAACGAAAUCAUUUCGUCUUGCCACGCGAACCUGUCCAUUUGCGAGAACAACAUGAUCAUCCUGCGACUACUCUCAGAAGAAGUGUUUGAUUACUCGGCAGAGCAGAUGACUUCCACAAAGACGAGAAAUCUCAAGCAGACCAUGUGCGCCGAGUUUUCACAGAUUUUCCAGCUUUGCCAAGAAGUCCUUACAACUGCAGACCAGCCCAGCUUGGUUCACGCCACCCUCGAGACGUUGCUGCGAUUUUGCAACUGGAUUCCUCUGGGCUACAUUUUCGAGACAAACCUCAUCGAAACCCUGCGAACGCGAUUCCUGUCCGUACCCGAGUUCCGAAACGUCACUCUUCAGUGCCUGACGGAAAUUGGUGGUCUGCAAACCGGCGGCGCUGGUCAAUCGAACUCGUAUGACGAGCAACUGGUCAAGAUGUUCACAGAGGUCUUGACGACAAUUGCGGAUAUCAUCCCCGUCUCUCUGGAUUUGAAGGCGACUUACCCCACGAGCAACUCAAGGGACCAAGAGUUUGUUCAGAAUUUGGCAUUGUUUCUCUGCAACUUUUUCGGAACCCACCUGAACCUGAUCGAAAACCUCCCGAACCGAGACUACCUUAUGCACGGACACUACUACUUGAUCCGGAUAUCGCAGAUUGACGACCGCGAGAUUUUCAAAAUUUGCUUGGAUUACUGGCUGAAGCUGGUCCAGGAAUUGUACGAGGAGAUGCAGCAGCUUCCAAUCACGGAUCUCAACCCGCUCAUGGCUGUGGGAGGCAUGUCUGGCAGUGGUGCCCCGAACCCUACGCUCUUGAUGAACUAUCCACUUCGAAAACACAAAUAUAACGAGGUCCUGUCAAAUCUGCGAGUUGUCAUGAUUGAGAGAAUGGUCAGGCCUGAGGAAGUUCUCAUCGUUGAAAACGACGAAGGGGAGAUUGUCCGAGAAUUUGUCAAGGAAAGCGACACAGUCCAGCUGUAUAAGACUAUCAGAGAAUGUCUGGUGUACCUGACGCACUUGGACGUGGUGGACACGGAGAAUAUCAUGACUGAAAAGCUGGCUCGUCAGGUUGACGGUUCUGAGUGGUCAUGGCACAACUGCAAUGUCCUGUGUUGGGCCAUCGGAUCCAUCUCCCUGGCCAUGAACGAGGAAACCGAGAAACGGUUCUUAGUCACCGUCAUCAAGGAUCUUUUGGGACUUACAGAGAUGAAGCGCGGCAAAGACAACAAGGCGGUUGUCGCCAGCAACAUUAUGUAUAUCGUGGGCCAGUACCCUCGAUUUUUGAAAGCCCAUUGGAAGUUCCUUAAGACGGUUGUCAACAAGCUGUUUGAGUUUAUGCACGAGUCUCACGAAGGUGUGCAAGACAUGGCCUGCGAUACCUUCAUCAAGAUCGCCAGACAGUGCCGAAGACACUUUGUGGCCCUCCAGCCUAGUGAGCAGGAGCCAUUCAUUGAGGAGAUUGUCAGGAACAUGGGUAAGAUUACGUGUGAUCUGACGCCGCAGCAAGUCCACACUUUCUACGAAGCAUGUGGUUACAUGGUUGCCGCCCAGGGCAACAAGCACCAGCAGGAGCGGCUCUUGGCAGAUUUGAUGAAUAUUCCCAACGCUGCGUGGGAUGAGAUUAUCAAGCAGGCCACCGUUAACCCCUCAAUCUUGCAAGAUGCAGAGACCAUCAAAGUCAUUGGCAAUAUCAUGAAGACCAAUGUUUCUGCCUGUAGCUCCAUUGGGUCGUACUUUUACCCCCAGAUUGGACGAAUUUACCACGAUAUGCUGGAGAUGUAUCGCGCCACUAGCGGUGAGCUGGCGACGAAAAUGCCCAGAGUCCGCGGCCUGAGAACCAUCAAGAAGGAAAUCCUCAAGCUUGUUGAGAUUUACGUCGAAAAGGCCGAAGACCUGCAGGCUGUUCGUGCUCAAAUGGUUCCUCCUUUACUCGACUGCGUGCUUGUUGAUUACAACCGAAAUGUUGCAGGUGCUCGUGACGCCGAAGUGUUGAAGGCCAUGUCUACCAUCAUCACCAAGCUCUCUGCUCUGAUGGAGGACCAGGUUCCAACUAUCAUGGAAAAUGUCUUCGAAUGCACUUUGGAAAUGAUCAACAAGGAUUUCUCCGAGUUCCCUGAGCACCGAGUCGAGUUCUUUAAUCUCCUCCGAGCCAUCAAUUUGCAUUGCUUCCCGGCCUUGUUGAAGCUGAAUAACAACCAGUUCAAAUUUGUUAUUGACUCUUGCUCCUGGGCAUUCAAGCACGACAAUCGAGAUGUUGAGGCUGCCGGUCUGAACAUGUGUCUUGAACUGAUCAACAACAUUGCUGAAAAGACUGACGUUGCCACCGCUAAUGCCUUCUUCCAGCGCUUCUUCAUGACCAUCUUGCAGGAUGUUUUGUUUGUCGUGACUGACAAUGACCACAAGGCUGGAUUUAAGACUCAGUCCAUGCUGCUGAUGAAGCUCUUCUACUAUAUCCAUCCCGCCGAUGGCACGCAGCCAAAGAUUCAAGGACCAAUCUACACCCCCGAUCAAGCGCAAGCCGGAGCUAACAACAAAGAGUAUCUCGGCAACUCAGUAGCAACUUUACUGCGAAAUGCCUUCCCAAACCUGCAAGCUGCCCAGGUGACAAGCUUCGUGGAGGGACUCUUCUCAUUCAACACGACGUACGAUAAGUUCCGUCUGAAUCUUCGAGAUUUCCUUAUUUCUCUCAAGGAGUUCGCCGGCGACAACGCAGAGCUCUUCGUGGUUGAGAAGGAGCAACGCGAGGCCGACGCCAAAGCCGCAGACAUGGAGAGGCGACAAAAGGUUGGCGGUCUGCUGAAGCCCUCGGAGCUCGAGGAUGAAGAGCUCUGA